AUGAUCGUGGUCAAAUCGGCGAUGGCUCACUUCGACCACAGAGACACCAUCAGAAAAACAUACGGCAAUGAGGAUAUACCAGGACGUACUGUGAAGAUCCUAUUCUUCUUAGGAGUCGACGGAAAGCCCAAGUCCGACGUGCAGCGCCAAAUAGACCAAGAGAUGGCAGACUUUCACGACAUCAUUCAGAUGGAUUUCAUCGACUACUACUACAACAACACCAUCAAGACGAUGAUGUCGUUCCGCUGGGUGUACGAGCACUGCUCGCACGCUGACUACUACCUGUUCACGGACGACGACAUGUACAUCUCCGUGAACAAACUGCUGGACCACCUCCCCGAUCGGCCCGAGGCGUCUAGUAAGCUGCAGGAAGAUUUGUUGUUCACUGGAUACGUGUUCCACUCGGCUCCACAGCGGUUUAGGUUCAGCAAGUGGCGUGUGUCAUUGGAAGAAUACCGCUGGGACAGAUGGCCGGACUAUGUGACGGCUGGAGCCUACGUCCUAUCCAACAAAGCUUUGCGGGUCAUGUACAUUGGCAGUUUGUUUGUGAAACACUUCCGUUUCGACGACAUCUACCUGGGCAUAGUGGCAAAGAAGGUGGGCAUCACACCAGAGCAUUGCCCACACUUCUAUUUCUACAAGAAAGAUUUCUCCCCCGACGCCUACGAGGACGUGAUUGCGUCGCACGGCUACCACGAUCACGAUGAGCUAAUCAGGGUUUGGCACGAGAUGAAUAGCAAAUAUUUUAUGAGAUGA